GCAGGAGUCGCGGGUCCCCGAGCCCGCCUGACCGGGUCUCGGAGAUGGCGACCCCGUUUCCUGGCGGCGAGGUCAAGUGCGGGGCCGGCCGCGGCUCCGGCGUCCCGUGGGACUUUCUGCCCGGGUUGAUGGUCAAGGCCCCGCCCGGACCCUGCCUGCAGGCGCAGCGCAAGGAGAAGUCUCGCAACGCGGCGCGCUCGCGGCGCGGGAAGGAAAACCUGGAGUUCUUCGAGCUGUCCAAGCUGCUCCCGCUGCCCGGCGCCAUCUCCAGCCAGCUGGAUAAGGCGUCCAUCGUGCGCCUCAGCGUCACCUACCUCCGUCUGCGCCGCUUCGCCGCGCUUGGGGCGCCACCCUGGGGGCUGCAGGUCCUGGGACCCCCGGCCGGGCUCGCCCCUGGCCGCCGGGGCCCUGCGGCGCUGGUUUCCGAGAUCUUCGAGCAGCACCUGGGAGGACACAUCCUGCAGUCCCUGGACGGCUUCGUGUUUGCCUUGAACCAGGAAGGAAAAUUUCUGUACAUCUCUGAAACCGUUUCCAUCUACCUGGGUCUGUCACAGGUGGAGCUGACGGGCAGCAGCGUCUUCGACUACAUCCACCCCGGGGACCACUCCGAGGUGCUGGAGCAAUUGGGGCUGCGGGCCCCCACCCCCGGACCCCCUACCCCACCUUCAGCCUCCUCUUCUUCCUCCUCCUCUUCCUCCUCACUGGCGGAUACCCCUGAGAUCGAUACCAGCCCCGCCCAGCUGCCUCCUUCUGCCCGAGUCCAGGAGCGUUCCUUCUUCGUCCGCAUGAAAUCCACCCUCACCAAGAGGGGGCUGCACGUGAAAGCCUCGGGGUACAAGGUCAUCCACGUCACAGGGCGCCUGCGUGCCCGCGCUCUGGGCCUUGUGGCCCUGGGCCACACGCUGCCCCCAGCCCCUCUGGCAGAGCUGCCUCUACACGGACACAUGAUCGUCUUUCGCCUCAGUCUGGGUCUCACCAUCCUUGCUUGUGAGAGCAGAGUCAGCGACCACAUGGAUCUGGGGCCCUCGGAGCUGGUGGGCCGCAGCUGCUAUCAGUUUGUCCAUGGACAGGAUGCCACCAGGAUCCGCCAAAGCCACCUAGACCUGCUGGACAAGGGCCAGGUGAUGACCGGCUACUACCGCUGGCUGCAGCGUGCAGGCGGCUUCGUGUGGCUGCAGUCCGUGGCUACUGUGGCUGGGAGUGGGAAGAGCCCCGGGGAACACCAUGUGCUCUGGGUCAGCCAUGUGCUCAGCCAUGCUGAAGGCGGCCAAACACCUCUGGACACCUUCCAGCUUCCAGCCAGCACAGCCUGUGAGGACAGAUCCAGCCCUGGGUCAGAGCCCACAGAGGGAGGGCCUCCUCCGGAAGGGAAGCAGGCCACACCCCCAGACCAAGAUGAUGCCCCGCAAGCCCGGGGUAAGCGCAUCAAAGUGGAGCCUCGCACAAGGGAAGCGAGGGGUUCAGAAGACAGCGGGGACGAGGAAGCCACUGAGCAGCCCCAUGCAAAGCGGCCGGGGUUCACAUCGGUCAUCCGGGGUGCGCUGCGGCCAUGGGCCCCGGAGCCCCCACGCGACCCACCGCCGCUGCCACCGUCACUGACACCUGCCCUGCUACCCGCAGGCUUCCUGCAGCCCAUGGUGCGGGGCCUAUGCACGCCCGGCGCCAUCCGCUACGCGCCUGCUGAGUUGGGGCUCAUGUGCCCGCGCCUGCCCGGCGCCCUCUGCCCCGCGCUCGGCCUACCCUGCCCUGGGCUUGGGCUUGCGGGCCCCCGGGUGCAGCACAAGGGAGACUGAGGACCCCUGCCGGGGACUGCGGCCUGUUCCCUUGGCCUGGUAUCCUUGCACAAGCCCUGC